UACUCUUGUUUAAUUCGUUGUGCGAAAACGGAAGACAAGGCUGCAAAUCGGGAUUUGGAGAAACCCUAGAAACCGGCGAGAGAGGUGAAAUCUUUGGGGUCGAGACGAUGAAGAGCGACUGGUUUAACUUGCAUCAGAUUGCGAGAAACUCAUUCAUAGCUACAUCAACCGUGUACGCUUCCACCGAAUUCAACUUUGAUCGAAGAAGCUUCUGCUUUUUUGCACCAGACAGAUCUGGCUUUGUCGUGUUGAAAUCGGAGAAGGAGUUCAACAAUGCACUCAGCAAAGCUCAAGAUGGAUCUUUGCCAUCGGUUUUCUACUUCACUGCUGCGUGGUGUGGACCUUGCAGGCUUAUCGCUCCUGUAAUGUUGGAGCUCGGUAAGAAAUAUCCACAUGUUACUACAUACAAGGUCGACAUUGAUGAGGGCGGUCUUUCAAAUGCUCUUGGGAAGUUAAACGUCUCUGCUGUGCCAACAAUGCAAUUCUUCAAAGGGGGCGUCAAGAAAGCAGAGCUUGUAGGUGCAGAUGUCAUUAAGCUCAGGAGUAUCAUGGAACAUCUCUACAAGUGAGAGAGACUCUGUCACUUGUUUUACUUUUUUUUUUUGCUGCGCUGCGUCAAAGUAAUGCACCAAGUGAUUACGAACAAGGAAACAAAAAAAAAACUUUGUUAAGAUCGUUAUGGAGACUCACUGUCUCACGGCAUUUAUUUAUCAAUGUACAUAAUUUUUGUGAUUUUAUCAAAAUAAGUUUCAUUGCUUUGAGCUA